GGCGCUUCCGGCGGGCGCGGAGGGAGGGACGGCCCGGCCGGAGCCGCGUGUGAGCAGCGCCGAGGCUGUGGGUGCCCGCCCGCCGGCCCUGGCCCGCCGGCCCGGCGCUCCCCGCACGCAGGAUGUUCAAGAAAUUUGAUGAAAAGGAGAAUGUAUCAAACUGCAUUCAGCUGAAGACUUCAGUUAUUAAAGGUAUCAAGAAUCAACUGAUAGACCAAUUUCCUGUUAUUGAACCAUGGCUAAACCAAAUCAUGCCAAAGAAAGACCCAGUCAAAAUAGUAAGAUGUCAUGAACAUAUAGAAAUUCUCACUGUGAAUGGGGAGUUGCUGUUCUUCAGGCAAAGAGAAGGGAUUUUUUACCCGACGCUAAGGUUGCUUCACAAAUACCCAUUUAUUCUCCCGCAUCAGCAGGUUGAUAAAGGUGCCAUUAAAUUUGUCCUGAGUGGAGCUAAUAUAAUGUGCCCUGGCCUGACGUCUCCUGGAGCAAAGCUUUACCCUGCUGCUGUUGACACUGUCGUUGCAAUAAUGGCAGAGGGAAAACAACAUGCAUUAUGUGUGGGAGUAAUGAAGAUGUCAGCUGAGGACAUUGAGAAGGUCAACAAAGGGAUUGGUAUUGAAAAUAUCCACUAUUUAAAUGAUGGCCUUUGGCAUAUGAAGACAUACAAGUGAAACAACAGGAACUGUUACUCCAAAGGAAUGCACUUAGAUUAAAUGUGGACUGCUUUGUAAUUCCUUGUUUUUAAUGUGACUGAAUGUACAAAUUAUUUUGUUCUGUGGCUAUGCUAAAUAAAUCAAUUGAAUGCAAAAGUACUGUUAGGCUACAAUAGUUUUCUAGAUUUCUUUUUAUUACAGUUACUUUGUUUUGUCUUAAACCUGAGUUCAGUGACUGAAGAUACUUCAGAUACUGAAGAUUCUGCAUAGACCGUGAGUAGACUAUUUCAAAUGGAAAGGAGGAAAAAGCCAAGAAAUGUUUACAUUUUUAUGCUCUUCCAAAAGAGUAAUAUAAAGUGUGUGUGAAAUAUAAAUAUGGUUUAUAAAACCUCUGAAACAUUUUUUCUUCUGAUUGACAUCUUGUUAGUCUACCUGUUUCUUGAAUGUGGAGAAAUCAGGUUUUUUGACAUUAUUUUUUAACUUAUUAACAGCAUUAACUUCAUUUUACUUAAGGAUUUUCUCUUUUAAUAUGCAUUUAUCUGUAUAGGAUUGAUGAACUCAGACUGAUAUGUGGAUUAGAAAUUCUUUUAUGCUGACUCAUAUCUGAAGACUGUACAUAUGUUCAGAUUUCUACCUGCCAACACUUUGAUAUUGCUCUCCUUCUAGUGGAGUUAUAGCAAUGGUGGGCACACUCCCAGUGAAGUGUGUGCCACCCUGGUGCCUGACGCUCUCUACUCCCUGUGUGCCGCCUUAUUUUAGGAGCAGAAACAAAAUCACUGUUAAAUAAAGGCAUCAUAGCAAAACGUGUUUUUCAGCGUAGCCAGGAGCAACUUUUUCAGGUGGAACUUCAAAGAGCUCUCAGCUUGUGCACACUGCCACACGUCCGCACAGCUACAGAAUGGGUUCAGGAGCACUGUGUGUCUGGCUAACCCAAUCAUUUGUUCAGCAUACCCAAAGCUAUGCCUAUGGAAAAAUGGAAUAAUGUAAUAAAUUAAAGAAACUUUUAAGGUCUACCACUCA